AUGCGUGCACUUUUCCUCCUGGCCUCCUUGGGCUUUGUAGCAGCCGAGGAUGGGUUGAAUGGCUGGUUGCGUUAUGCACCAUUAUCGUGUUCGAAAUCAUGCCAUUCCAACCUUCCUUCUGCCAUUGUCACCCUCAACACAACCGAGAUAAGUCCGGUCUAUGUUGCAGGCUCGGAAUUGCACAAAGGGCUGAAGGGGGUUUACGGGAAAGAUGUAAAAGUCUCUCACAACUGCAAGGCAUCUUCCUCUAUCAUUAUUGGUACGGUUGAUCAAUAUCGCAAGGCUUGCGGCACUGUACGCAGCAUACCUGAGUUGGAAGAUGACGGCUUCUGGAUUAACACCAAAGGGAACUCUGUUCAGAUUCUGGGACAAAAUGAGAGGGGUGCACUUUAUGGUGCUUUCGAGUACUUGUCGAUGAUUUCUCAGGGAAAUUUCUCCGAGGUCGCCUACGCAUCCAAUCCCGCACAGCCCAUCCGCUGGGUAAAUCAAUGGGAUAAUAUGGAUGGAAGUAUCGAGCGUGGCUAUGGUGGUCCUUCUAUCUUCUUCAAGAAUGGAGAAAUCGUCCAGGACUUGACUCGGGUCGCCGAAUACGCUCGUCUCUUGGCCUCCAUCAGAAUCAAUGCUGUGGUCAUUAACAACGUCAACGCCAAUGCUACACUGUUGGACCCUAAGAACAUCGAUGGCUUUGGUCGAGUAGCUGAUGUCUUCAGGCCAUAUGGUAUCCAAAUUGGCAUGUCUCUCAAUUUCGCUUCUCCUCAAACAUAUGGCGGCUUGAGCACUUUCGAUCCUCUCGAUGAAUCUGUCAUUCAGUGGUGGUCAAAUAUCACUGCCCAGAUUUAUAAGCGUGUUCCUGACAUGGCUGGUUACCUUGUCAAGGCAGACUCUGAAGGCCAGCCUGGUCCACAGACGUACAACAGGACCCUCGCCGAUGCAGCAAACCUUUUUGCCAAAGAAGUUGAACCAUAUGGCGGUAUCGUCAUGUACCGUGCCUUCGUCUACAACCAGCUGAACGAAUCUGUCUGGACGGCAGAUCGCGCAAAGGCAGCAGUCAAUUUCUUCAAAGAGCUAGAUGGCGAAUUCGACGACAACGUGGUGAUCCAGAUCAAGUUUGGGCCUAUCGACUUCCAAGUUCGCGAGCCAGUAUCACCUCUGUUCGCGAAUCUACCUAAUACCAACAUGGCCAUCGAAUUGCAAGUGACGCAGGAAUAUCUUGGCCAACAGUCUCACUUGGUAUACUUGCCUCCACUUUGGAAGACCAUUCUGGACUUCGAUCUUCGCGUUGACCACCAGCCAUCGCUUGUUCGUGAUAUUGUGGCUGGCAAACACUUCAAUCGCAAACUGGGUGGAUCAGCAGCCGUGGUCAACGUUGGCACCAACACCACCUGGCUGGGCAGUCACCUCUCAAUGUCCAACCUCUACGCCUACGGUCGCUUGGCGUGGAGUCCAACAGAUGAUGCCCAGGAUAUCCUUCAAGACUGGAUUCGCUUGACAUUCGGGCUAGAUCGCAAAGUCAUAGACACGAUUACGCACAUGUCGAUGGAGUCCUGGCCCGCCUAUGAACAAUACAGCGGCAAUCUCGGAAUCCAGACUCUGACUGACAUCCUUUACACUCACUAUGGUCCUAACCCCGCCUCCCAAGACAACAACGGCUGGGGCCAAUGGACCCGUGCAGACCAAACCAGCAUUGGAAUGGACAGGACUGUGAAAAAUGGUACCGGAUACUCCGGCCAAUAUCCCGAUGAAAUCGCAGCCCGGUAUGAGAACAUCGAUACAACACCCGACGACCUCCUCCUAUGGUUCCAUCACGUCGACUAUACUCACCGUCUACACUCGGGCAAGACUGUCAUCCAACACUUUUACGAUGCCCACUACACAGGGGCAGAAACAGCGCAGACAUUCCUUACCCAGUGGGAGUCACUUGCAGGAAAGAUAGACCAAGAGCGAUACAACCACGUCCGUCGCUUCUUGGACUACCAAACCGGACAUUCGAUUGUCUGGAGAGAUGCGAUCAACGACUUCUAUCAUAAUCUCUCUGGUAUUCCUGACGAAGCCAAGCGCGUUAGUCAUCACCCAUGGCGCAUUGAGGCGGAGAGUAUGACUCUCGAUGGCUACAAGCCGUAUACCGUCACUCCCUUCGAAACCGCUUCGGGCUCUGUUGCAAUCGUCACCACGUCAAAUAGCACGGCUGGCACGGCGGUAACCAAAGUUCCAUUUGCUUCAGGCACGUACGAUAUCGCGGUCAAUUACUAUGAUCUCUACGGUGGUCAGUCUCGAUGGACCAUCUCCCUGAAUGACCGGAAGGUGGGCGAGUGGGUUGGAAAUAGUGAGGACGUCUUUAGCCAUACCCCCUCUAUCUAUCUGGAUGGGCAUUCCGCUACACGCAUCAAGUUCCGGGGCAUCAAGGUGAAGAAGGGCGAUACAUUGAAGAUUGUCGGUCAGCCUGAUGGUGUUGAAUCGGCUCCAUUGGACUAUGUGGCUUUCUUGCCAGCGGGGAUUGUAGAUUAG